GUCCUGACAGUAAUAGAUAAUAACUCAUAGUCCUGACAGUAAUAGAUAAUAACUCAUAGUCCUGACAGUAAUAGUUAAUAACUCAUAGUCCUGACAGUAAUAGAUAAUAUCUCAUAGUCCUGACAGUAAUAGAUAAUAACUCAUAGUCCUGACAGUAAUAGAUAAUAACUCAUAGUCCUGACAGUAAUAGAUAAUAACUCUUAGUCCUGAUGUCUAAGGUGAAGAGUAGUGAGACGGUAAAGGUAGUAAUCCGCUGUCGCCCGUUAAACCGGAAAGAGGAGGCAGCCACGGCUGGUGUUACCCGGACACCGGGAGGAGUGGGCGGGAUCGUAGAAAUGGACAUAAGUCUGGGUCAGGUGGUCUUAUGGAACCCUCAUGGUCCGCCCGGCGAGCCGCGUAAGACGUUUACAUUCGACUCUGUGUACGACCCCUCGUCUAAACAGCGUGAUCUUUAUGAUGAGACGGUGCGGCCGCUGAUCGAUUCUGUCCUAGACGGGUUUAACGGAACCAUCUUCGCCUACGGCCAAACGGGUACCGGGAAGACCUACACCAUGCAGGGGGUGUGGCUAGAGCCAGAGAGGCGGGGCGUCAUCCCCAACGCCUUCGAACACGUCUUCACCCAGAUCUCCCGCUCCUCCGCCGACCGCCAGUACCUGGUCAGAGCCUCUUACCUGGAGAUCUACCGAGAGGAGAUCAGGGAUCUAUUGGAUCCCAACAUGCACGCCCCUCAUGUCCCCAACGUGCACACCCAGCCCCCCCACACCCUGGAGCUGAGAGAGAGCCCGGAGAGCGGGGUGUAUGUGCGUGACCUGACGUCGUGCGUGUGUAGGAGCGUGAAGGAGAUAGAGGAGCUGAUGAACUUAGGGAACCAGGUGCGCUCGGUGGGAGCGACAGACAUGAACGAACACUCUUCCCGUUCCCACACCCUGUUCCUCAUCACGGUGGAGUGUUCCCAGACGGGGCCGGAUGGACGGCAGCACAUCAGGGUGGGCCGGCUCAACCUGGUUGACCUGGCGGGCAGCGAGCGGCAGGCAAAGACGGGCGUCCACGGAGAACGCCUGAAGGAAGCCGCUAAGAUCAACCUGUCUCUGUCAGCGCUAGGCAACGUGAUCUCAGCACUGGCAGACGGGCGUAGCGGCCACGUUCCGUACCGGGACUCCAAAUUGACACGGUUAUUACAGGACUCCUUGGGGGGCAACGCCAAGACGGUGAUGGUGGCUACGCUAGGCCCCGCCCCCCAACACUACGAGGAGACCCUCACGACGCUUCGCUACGCUAACAGAGCUAAAAACAUCCAGAACCAGCCAAGAGUUAACGAAGACCCUAAAGACGCCCUGCUCAGAGAGUUCCAGAAGGAGAUCGCAUGGCUCCGCGCACAGCUCAGCCACAGGGAAGGGAGGGGCAAACACAGGAAGGAGGAAGGGGAGGAGGGCUGGGACGGAGAAGGGGAUGAGGAGGGAGAAGAGGAGGUGGAGAAGGAGAGGACGCUGCAGGAGGGGAGGCUUGAAGAGGAGAAGGAGGCCAUCAGAGAAAACGGAUCACUAUUGGCUGAGGAGAAGCAGAGGCUUUUGGGAGAGAAGGAGAGGAUGAUGGGAGAUCUGAAGAAGGAGUGGGACGCCACCGAGCAGCUCACUGCCAAGUACAAGGCGAUGGAGAGCAAGCUGCUGGUUGGAGGGAAGAAUAUCAUGGAUCACACCAACGAACAGCAGAAGACCCUGGAGAUACACAGACAAGAGAUCGCUGAGCAGAGUCGUAGAGAGAGGGAGAUUCAGCAGCAGGUGAUGGUUCAGGAUGAAGAGACUCUAGAACUCAAAGAAACAUUCUCCUCCCUGCAACAGGAAGUGGAGGCCAAGACCAAGAAACUAAAAAAGCUCUAUGCUAAGCUGCAGUGUGUGAAGGCUGAGAUCCAGGAUGUUAAUGAUGAGCACGUCAGGAGUCGACAGGAGCUGGAGCAGACGCAGAACCAACUCACCAGAGAACUCAAGUUCAAGUAUCUGAUCAUAGAGAACUUCAUUCCUCUGGAGGAGAAGAAUAAGAUCAUGAACAGACUGACCUUUGACCCUGAGGAGGACCAGUGGAAGUUCACACCCCUCGUCCCUGCAGAGAGGUCAGGUCAGUUCAGCCAGAUGAAGAAGAGGCCGGCUUCUGCAGUCGGAUACAAACGACCAAUCAGCCAGUACGCACGGGUCUCCUUAGCGAUGGGAGCUCACUCCAGAUACCGGGCUGAGAACAUCAUGUUCCUGGAGCUGGACAUGACUCAUCCCACCACUGUCUCAUUGGACCACCGGCCAUCAGAGGGGGGGCCUAAUUAUAGCCCCUACCCAACAGACAAAGUUCCCCACAGGGAGCGAGCUGCACGUGUCCGCAUGUCACGAUCCUGGUGUCAGACCCCGCGAGCCAUCACUUCCUCCACCUCCACCGUUUCCCUGGCAACCCAUUCUACAGCCACUGCCGCCCAGUGAAGAGCAGCCUACCUCACUACCUAUCCCUUCCAUAUCUCUCCCUCUCCAUAUCUCCCAUUUCUCUCUCCCUUCCAUAUCUCUCGCUCUCCAUAUCUCCCACUACCUUCCAUAUCUCUCCCUCUCCAUAUCUCCCUCUCCAUAUCUCCCUCUCCCUUCCAUAUCUCUCCCUCUGCCUUCCAUAUCUCUCCCUCUCCCUUCCAUAUCUCUCCAUCUCCCUUCCAUAUCUCUCCCUCUCCCUCACCAUAUCUCUCCCUCUCCCUUCCAUAUCUCUCCCUCUCCAUUCCAUAUCUCUCCCUCUCCAUUCCAUAUCUCUCCCUCUCCCUUCCAUCUCUCCCUCUC